AUGCUCUCAAUAGCUGGAUCGUCCGCCAUCCGGGCAGUUCGCGCACGCACCGCUCCCCGCGGCCUUUUAUCCCAGUUUCAAUCGGCGUCCCUCGCACGACUGCUCUCCACACUGGCCAUCCUCGAGCAACGCGACGGCAAACUCAACAGCGGCUCGUUAGGGGCAGUUACGGCGGGGGCAAAGCUCGGAGGCCCGGUCCAUGGCUUCAUCGCGGGGAAAUCGGCAAAGGCGGUUGCACAAGAAGCAUCAAAAAUUAAAGGUUUAGAGAAGGUCAUCGCGGUGGAGAACGAUGCAUAUGACAGAGGGCUGCCCGAGAACUGGGCCCCGCUACUGGUCGAGAACAUCAAGAAAGGAGGCUAUACACAUGUGAUCGCGGCGCAUUCGGCGUUUGGCAAGAGUCUGCUGCCUCGAGUGGCGGCGUUGUUGGACGUCCAGCAGAUUUCCGACGUGAUGGGUAUCGAGGGAGAGGACACGUUUGUCAGACCUAUUUACGCCGGCAACGCCAUCCUCACGGUCCAGAGCACCGACCCCACCAAAGUAUUGACCGUGCGCCAGACGUCCUUCCCACCGGCAGAGACAGAAGGCGGUUCCGCGAGUGUCGAGGACGGCGCCGAUCCCAAGGUUGAGUCGCCGACCGAAUGGAUCUCGGAAAACCUGACCAAAUCCGACCGCCCCGAACUGGCCUCCGCCGAGAAGGUCGUGUCGGGCGGCCGCGGCUUGAAAUCCAAAGAAGAAUUCGACCGGUUAAUGCCGCCCCUGGCAGAUGCACUGGGCGCGGCGAUCGGGGCUUCCAGAGCGGCGGUGGACAGUGGCUUUGCGGACAACAGUCUCCAGGUCGGCCAGACGGGGAAGAACGUCGCUCCUCAACUGUAUCUUGCGGUCGGGAUUUCGGGCGCCAUCCAACAUCUCGCGGGCAUGAAGGACAGCAAGGUCAUUGCGUGUAUUAACAAGGACCCGGACGCGCCGAUCUUCCAGGUCGCAGACGUGGGAUUGGUCGGCGAUCUCUUCGAGAGGGUCCCUGAGUUGACGGAGAAAUUGAAGUCUCAAUAA